UUUCAGUUAAUCAUGGAAUUGGAAAAUUGUAAUUCUCAUGGAGAUCAUAUUUCUACUACACUUCAACAUGAAAAUGAUCCUAGUGGAAAUAAAAAAUGGUAUCGACAAGCUAGUCAAAGGGUAUAAAGUCCGGUUCCCGGAUGAGUCAAACAUCUUUCAUGUAGAACCCUUUCAUCGAUCGAUGGUUUGCUUUUCUUUAAAUCACAAUAUAACAAUAACCAACAAUCAUAACGAACAAGAUUUGGAUAGUUACAAUGAGGGUGGCCACGGCAUACAAAUAGAUAAGCGUGAAUUAGGUCACAGGUACGCAUAUCGAUCACGAGGUGCUGAUGAUUAUUUGAAAAUAGCACAAAAUGUGGCUGAAGGAUGUGAAUGAUGACGUCUUACCGGCUGCGAUUUUCGUGAACUCGCGAAGCUGCGUCCAAAACGAAAUUUUUGUGAAUCGUAGCCUUCAUUUAGAAAAUAUCAAGUUUUAUGGCUUCGACAUGGAUUAUACUUUGGCAGAAUACAAAUCACCAGAGUACGAACAAUUGGGUUUUACAUUGUUGAAAGAUCGUCUAGUAUCUCUGGGAUAUCCAGAAGAAAUUAAAGCAUUUGAGUAUGAUCCUAGUUUUCCGGUACGAGGACUAUGGUUCGAUAGUCUUUAUGGAAAUCUUCUUAAAGUGGAUGCUUAUGGAAAUAUCUUAGUUUGCGUUCACGGUUUUGAAUUUUUGAAACAUUCACAAGUAUAUGAGCUUUAUCCGAAUAAAUUUUUACAAUUAGAUGAAUCUAGAGUAUAUGUGCUCAAUACACUAUUCAAUCUUCCCGAAUCAUAUUUAUUAGCAUGUUUGAUAGAUUUUUUUACAAAUUCGCGGCAAUACAUACCAGACAGAACAGGGGUAAAAGAAGGAGAACUUACGAUGACUUUCAAAAGCAUAUUCCAAGAUGUUCGAAACGCUGUAGAUUGGAUACAUCUUCACGGUAAUUUAAAAACAAAAACAAUGGAAAAUUUAGAUCUAUAUGUGAAGAAAGACAGGAGACUACCAAUGUUUCUUAAUAGGAUUAGAGAAAGCGGGGCAAAAAUAUUUCUCUUAACAAAUAGCGAAUACGUUUUUACUAAUAAAAUUAUGACUUAUCUCUUCGAUUUUCCACAUGGUGCAAAGCCUGAUGAACCUCAUAGAAAUUGGAAAACAUAUUUUGAUACUAUAGUAGUAGAUGCUAGGAAACCACUAUUUUUUGGUGAAGGUACAAUUUUGCGACAAGUAGAUACUAAAACUGGAGCUCUAAAACUUGGCACGCACAAAGGUCCACUCCAUACAGGAGAAGUUUAUUCAGGAGGCUCGUGUGAUGUAUUCACCGAAUUAAUAGGUGCAAAAGGCAAAGAUGUAUUAUAUAUUGGUGAUCAUAUUUUCGGUGAUAUCUUAAAAAGUAAAAAGAUUAGAGGAUGGAGAACAUUUUUAGUAGUACCUGAACUUGUACAAGAACUUCACGUUUGGACCGAUAAAUGUCAAUUAUUUGCUGAAUUACAAAACUUAGAUGUUAUGUUAGGUGAAAUGUACAAAAAUUUAGAUAGUAGUACAAAAGAAAAACCAGAUAUUUCCAAGCUACGAACAUCUAUAAGAGAUGUUACCCACAAAAUGGAUUUAGCUUACGGAAUGAUGGGUUCAUUAUUUCGUAGCGGGAGUAGACAAACUUUUUUCAGUAGUCAAGUUGUAAGGUAUGCUGAUCUUUAUGCAGCAACUUUCUUAAACCUUAUAUAUUAUCCAUUCUCGUAUAUGUUUCGAGCUCCUGCUAUGUUGAUGCCUCAUGAGAGUACAGUAGCUCAUGAACAAAGAUUUGUUAUGGAAACACCAAUGAUUAGUCGAUCUCGAACAUCUAAGCUUAAUGAUGAAGAAGAAGAACAGAAUAAUCCUACCAAAACUUUGUAUGUGGAUUGUCCCAGUAAUCAAAUACCUCAUGCAAGGCCUGAAACACCACGUAAUGUGACGCAUACACAUGAUGAAGAUUGUAGUGAUGAGGAUAGUGAUUCACAAAAAGCAAACCAUGUAAGAUCAUGUACAAGGAACUCUAAUUGUAAAUGAAUUAUUUUUACUAUUGUUUGUUUUGAUUAUAUUUGUUCCUUCGCUCUCAUUUAACAAUAUUACAGAAGGAUUGAAUACAAUCCUAAUACAUAAAUAUUUGUUUAAAAUUCAAAUCAUAGAAUAAUAAUUUUCUAUUAUAUUUCAUUCCUUUAUAACAAAAAUUAUCACAUAAUUUUCAUUAUAUUGCAUGAAAUAUUAAUGAAUUUAUCCGUCUUUUUUUUUUAAUAAUGUAAUAAUAUUUAUAUAUACAUAUAUAUUUCAGAAUGAGUAUAAUAUUAUAUGCAAGUAUAUAAUAUUAAUAUGUGGAAAGUAAAGUUACUAUCAUAUAAAAAUUUACAAAAUGCAAUAUGAAUUAAUAAAGUAAUAUAAAAUAUAUAUGAAAAUAAUUAGGUAUUCAUAUACAAGUUAUAAAUUAAUAUAAUAUUAGAACUUAGAAAUUAAUCAAAUAGAACAAAUAGAACACAAGUUAUUCAUUCUUUUAUAUCAAUAACAAAUUUUUGAUAAAGAAUAAAAAUAAUAAUAAAUUGACAUAUUAAGUAUUAAUAUGACAUAAAUAAUUUUUUUUAAUUAUAUUCUUCAAAUGUGCAAUUCUUACAGAAAUUGGUAUUCAUAGAAAUAUGAAAAAUAUUUGCAAUACAGAAAAAAAAAGUAAAAAAAUUGAACUUAUUAAUCUUGAAGAGUUAAAUUUAUCAAUCUUGUUAUGUGUUGUAAAUAAUAAGUAUUAUUAUAUAUAUUGAAAAUAAUAUAAUAAUGUAAAUUGGAAUAUUAGGAUAAACUUUUUAUAUUAAAUUUUAUUGAUUUUAUUAUUUAUAAUAAGAUUGAUAUAAAAAAAUUCAAAAUAAUGAAUUAUUAUUAAUUUUUUCUUGUAUAGUUGAAUGUAAAAUUAUAUAUAUUUAAUAUCUUUUAAUUUUUUUGUAAGUCAUAAUAAAGAUAUUAGAUUAUUUUGAAAAAAUAAAGCAAUAUUCCUUAUAUAUACAAAUUAAAAAAACAAAAUAAUUUUUAUAAGUUAUAAAUAUUAGAUAGAUAUUUUAUUUUAUGAUUUUAAUUAUAAAAUAAAAUUUCAAUUUAUAUUAUCUGUUAAUGGAAUAAAUAUAUCAACAAUGAUAAAAAAAAUAAAAAUUGUAUUCAAAUUGUACAAUUUAUUUCAUUAUCAAUAAUGUAUAUAUCAUGAAUAUUGUUAAGAAUUUUUGACUGCAAUACAAAUAAAUAAUUGUAUUUAUUUAUUAUACAAUAUAUAUGUAUAUGUAUAAAUAUACACAUUAUCUGGUGCUAGAUUUUUUCAUACUUUUAAUGUAAGUAAAAAUGAACAAUAGCUAUUUUGUGUGUAAAAAUUAAAAAAUAUGUAUACUGAUAAACCUUGUUAUUAUGCUGGUAAAAUAUGAAUUAUAUGUAUCACUUGAAAUAAAAAUAUGAUAAUUAUAA